AUGGCUCACUUAUUAUUUUUGGUGUCUUUGGGUCCCCACGUAGUUUCUGAUGAGGGUUUGCCUGUACCUCGUGUUGCUGUGAAGCAGCAGCAGCAGCAGCAGCAGCAGCAGCAGCAACAGCAGCAGCAGCAGCAGCAACAGGGUGAAGGGAUGGAAGGAGGUGGUGUCGAUACAACUCAGCGAGGUGCAGCAGCAAGUGUUGGUGGUGGUGGUGCUGCUGCUGCUGCUGCAGCAGGAGGAGCAGCAGGAGCAGCAGGAGCAGCAGCAGCAGGACAGCAGCAGCAGCAGCAGCAGCAACAGGGUGAAGGGAUGGAAGGAGGUGGUGUCGAUACAACCCAGCGAGGUCAAAAGCUUUCGAUGCUCAAGUAG